AGUCAAAACGUCCAACGUCGCUUCUCAGAUAUCCUUUUCUUCGCAUUCAAGACGUUGCUUCAUUGAUUUUUCUCAAUUUGAUUCCAGAGAAACCGCCGGAAAGUGAAUCGAAUUUCGGAAAGCAGAGACUGAAUCGGUGAUGUUGGGCGUCGUUAGGAGAAGAAUCGGGACUGGAUGCUCGUCUGCUUCGGUGUUGAGGCAGUCCUUCAAGGUGAUUCGACCUGGAGCUUCCGCGUCCGGGGAAGAGAUAUUACUUCACCCAAGAGGAUUGACGCAUGUUCGGAACUUCUCUCAUCAUGUUUUACUUGGGUGCUCUAUUGGUUUGAGGCAGACAAGGGAUGUCAUCUCCAGUGUUCACUCAGGUGCCACCAUGCAGAAGUGGAUUAGACCAUUUUCGUCAGGAGAUGGUGAUGUGGUUGAGGCUGUUGUCCCUUUUAUGGGAGAAUCCAUCUCUGAUGGUACGCUGGCAAAGUUUUUGAAGAAUCCUGGUGAUAGAGUGGAAGUUGAUGAGCCAAUUGCCCAAAUAGAGACAGAUAAGGUGACAAUUGAUGUUGUCAGUCCUGAAGCUGGUGUGCUCAAAGAGCAUGUAGCCAAGGAAGGGGAUACUGUAGAGCCUGGUACCAAGAUUGCUAUCAUUUCAAAGUCUGGUGAGGGUGUAGCUCAUGUUGCUCCCUCUGAAAAGAUACCAGAAAAAGCUGCUUCUAAGCCUUCUCCAGCUGCAACUCCAAAGGGAGAGCCAAAGCGUAAGCCUGAAACUACUGCUGCAGAGAAAACUAAAGCACCUGUACCAUCACCUCCAAAGCACUCUGCUACAGAACCCCAGCUUCCACCUAAGGAAAGGGAAAGACGAGUUCCAAUGACUAGGCUCCGGAAGCGAGUUGCAACACGAUUGAAGGAUUCUCAAAACACUUUUGCAAUGUUGACAACUUUCAAUGAAGUUGACAUGACUAAUUUGAUGAAGCUCCGCUCUGAGUACAAGGAUGCUUUCGUUGAAAAGCAUGGAGUCAAAUUAGGUCUAAUGUCUGGCUUUGUUAAAGCUGCUGUUAGUGCACUUCAGCAUCAGCCUAUUAUUAAUGCAGUAAUUGAUGGGGAUGAUAUCAUAUAUAGAGAUUAUAUUGAUAUCAGCAUAGCCGUUGGAACUCCAAAGGGCCUUGUUGUUCCAGUUAUCCGCAAUGCUGAUAGGAUGAAUUUUGCUGAGAUAGAGAAGGAGAUCAACACCCUUGCAAAGAAAGCAAAUGAUGGAACCAUAUCCAUUGAUGAGAUGGCUGGAGGCUCAUUUACCAUAUCCAACGGUGGUGUUUAUGGAAGUCUCAUAAGCACCCCUAUUAUCAACCCUCCCCAGUCAGCUAUCUUGGGUAUGCACUCCAUAGUGUCCCGUCCAAUGGUUGUUGGGGGCAACAUUGUUCCAAGGCCGAUGAUGUAUCUUGCCCUAACUUAUGAUCAUAGGCUGAUUGAUGGAAGAGAGGCAGUCUUCUUCUUGCGUCGUAUUAAGGAUGUUGUGGAGGACCCCCGGAGACUACUUCUUGACAUUUGAAGACUCUGGCACAGGCAGCUAUUUUCUGGUAUACCCAGGAUUUGAUAUAUACUUCUGCUUCAGUGAAAAAAAUAAUUCCUUGGGAUUCAAGUUUUGUAGGGUAUCAUUUGUUGAUUCACCUCGUUAUUGAGCUCCUCGAAUGCGGCAAGGCUAUGAUUGAAACUAAAUCAAGAAUAUUUAACUAUAUGUUUGAGUUGGUCUUCAAUUUAUUUAUGAAAAACUUCAUUUCUGGUGCAGUGGGCAUACCCAAUCCAAUACAAGUUCUGGAUUUCAUGUAUUGUCAUCGACCUGACAUUUGCACACAUUUCAAUUACUUUGUUGCGUUGAAAAUCAUUCACGGUAUAUGUUGAUUUCUUUUCCCGUAAAUUAAAUUUCUUAUUCCUUU